UUUGCAUUUAGGCCAAUUUGACCAAUCUCCUUUUAAUCCUAUAAUGCGAUUCAAGAAUAGGAAAGCCAAUGACCUCUAUCUGUCAAAUGUCGCUUGAAAAGUACGGAUUGCAAAAAGAACUUGGAACCUUUUUUUAGUAUUCCGUUAAUUCAAGAAUAAAAACCAAACAUUUGUAAACAAACAAUAACAAAUAUUGAUAAUUAAUAUCGGUUGAUAUUUUUUUUCAUUUAUUGAGCUUUGGUCAUGAAUGGUUGAUAACCUAAAUCGUCAACCAAAUGUCACUUUAAGUUGCAUUCAGAAACUCGAUUUCAAAAUUUCAUUUACAUAAAGGAUGCAUGUGCGUAUGUGACCUAGUAAUAGUGCAUGAUUAUUCAUAACUACUCCGGCGGUAAUGCAGAGAUGUGCGGAAUAGAAGAGCUAAGUAGAUUCUGAUUAAUGUUUUUCUCACAGUCUUAAUAAAUAAAUAUUAUUAAAAAUCGGUGGUUGCUUGUUCUCACUUAAUCUUAGUAAAUAAGUUUUAUUAAAUAAAAACUUUAUUUGCUCACUCUACUUAUUUGGUUUGAAUUGACAGCUAUGACAUCACAAAAUGGCGCCCAGUAGGUCCUAUUCUUAGUUGAAUCGCAUUAUAAUCGGUUCAACGGUUUAGUGUGAGAAGGCAACAGACAGACAGUAAAGCAAACCGACAGGCAGACACAUUUACAAUAUUAAGUAUCAUAAAUUAUGGAUAACAUUAAGUCACGCAUAACCAUUUAUGGAUAGAUUUUGUGAUUAUCUAUUUUUGUUAAUCAGUUUUGCUUCGGCAAAGAAACUUCCCAACCCAGAUUGCAGAACAAAAUAUACUUACAAAGGCAAAUGGAACGCACGGCAAUGCAGUGGGCGAGGAAGGAAAGGGGAGAAGUGCGGUCGACAAAGCAAAUACAUAUUCAAGGGCGAAUACACGCUCGCGUCAGUACGAUACAAAGCGUCGUGUUUUGAAUACGUUUCGUAUAUUCCGUGAAGUUUUAAUAACAAUGCCAUCUUGUUUGUUCAAACAUUGUAAAAACAGUUCUCAAACUCAAAAAAAGGAAGAUGGAAUAUCAUUUCAUAGGUUUCCGACAGAUAUCGAUUUAUAUGCUGAAUGGCUUUCUAUUGUACGUAAAAGCAGGAAAGAUAAUAGUUGGCGCCCGUCAAAAUUUUGUGUUGUCUGCUCAUCUCAUUUUAGAGACGAAGAUGUCUAUUUUACAGACAAAGGUCGUAGGUUAUUAAAAAGAAAAUCAAAACCGACACAGAAUUUAGGUGUGCCCCCACAAUCAUUGGAAAUACCAAGUGAUGCAAGUGGUAGUUCGAAAUGUCCAGUAGAAAAUGCAACCGUUGAAGAAGAUAAUGCUGCAUUAAAUUCCUCUGGUGUUAAUCAAAAACCAGAAACCUGUGAUGAGGAGAAUCUUGACGACACCGAAUUGAAUGAAUCGGACUUACAAUCAAUAUUUGAUGAUCCUCAAACAAGUAAUUUGAGAAGACAACUGAGAAAACAUCAGUAUUUAAAGCUUGUUACAAGGCGAAAGGUAAAAGCAUUACAAGAAACAGUUCGUCGUCUAAGAAAAAGGAAUAUUUUUCUGAAGAAAACUUUAAAAGACCUUAAACUAAAAACAUGUGCACAUUGUGGUAGGUACCCAAAUCUUUAGAAGGAAAAUAUUUUAGUUGCAAAUUAAAUGUUUUUUUU